AUGUCAUCGGCCGGCGCCGGAAGAGUUUCCCUAGCGUUCGGCGGCUCGCUGGCUGCCCGUCGUGGAGUUCUGAUUCUGCUUGGAGACACUUGUGUGCGUCUUCAGUGUCUGACCCCGCGGAUGGCGAGGGAUCUGAUUGGGCCGGCCCUGCCGCCCGGGUUCAAGGCCGGCGGGUCGGCGGAGGACGAGGAGCGGGACUCCAGCCCCGUUGCAGGACCAGCUCUGCCUCCUAAUUAUAAAAGCAGUAGUUCAGAAUCAUCAGACAGCGACGAGGACAGUAGUUCUUUAUCUGAAGAAGGAAAUCAAGAAUCUGAAGACGACGACACUGGUCCACCAGCACGAAAACUGAGGAGAAAUCAAGAUGACGAUGAUGAUGAUGAUGAUGAUGAUGAUGAAGGGUUUUUUGGACCAGCUCUUCCUCCUGGGUUUAAAAAGCAAGAUGAUUCUCCUCCACGGCCUAUGAUAGGUCCUGCACUACCACCUGGUUUUCUUAAAUCUACACAGAAAAGUGACAAAGGCAGAAGUGAUCCAGGACAAGUAUCAUCAUAUUUCAACUCUGAGAAGGAAACGGAUAGCAGUGAGGAGGAAGACAUUGUCGGGCCGAUGCCUGCCAAAGGACCAGUUAACUCCAGUGUAACAGCAGAGUUUGAAAAGAGGGCGCAGAGAAUGAAAGAAAAACUGACUAAAGGAGACGAUGAUUCAUCUAAACCAAUUACAAGAGAGUCUUGGAUGACUGAACUUCCUCCAGAAAUGAAAGACUUUGGUCUCGGGCCCAGAACUUUCAAGAGAAGAGCUGAUGGCAAAUCUGGAGACCGAUCAGUCUGGACCGACACUCCAGCCGACAGGGAAAGGAAAGCUAAGGAGAUGCAGGAAGCAAGAAAGUCAUUCAGUAAGAAGGAUGAAGACUGUAUCCUGUCAGCAAGGGAUAAGAGACUGGCUGAGCAAGUAUCCUCAUACAAUGAAUCAAAAAGGUCAGAAUCUCUUAUGGACAUUCAUCAUAAAAAAUUAAAGAAUAAGGCUGCUGAAGAUAAAAAUAAGCCCCAAGAGAGAAUACCAUUUGACCGUGAUACAGAUCUCAAAGUUCAUCGGUUUGAUGAAGCUCAGAAAAAAGCCUUGAUAAAGAAAUCUAGAGAACUAAACAGCAGGUUUUCACAUGGCAAAGGCAAUAUGUUUUUAUAAGGGGAUUUCCCUGUGCAAUGAAGAAGAGUUGAAGAAUACUCUUUUUUUUCUGUCUGUCCACUUUUAUUCCUUUCUUUUGAGUUUCUUAAGAUUAGAGGAUGACUUUAGUCUAAAAAAACCAAAAAGAUUUACCUUGUUCUGUGCAUCCUUUAAAAUUAAGUGAAAACAUAAAAUUGGUGUGUCUUUUUAGAGGAGAAUUUUAUUUAUGUGUCUUUGGCUUCUGAGGACGUGUGGGCUUUUCUUCAAAUAAUCAUUUUUAGGAUCCUCCCACCCGCCCUCACAAGUGCUCCAUAAGAUCUGCUCAGGCCGAUCCAGGGCGUCUCUCCCACAGCCCGAACCCACCAUCAGAUAUCACCAGCCUGCUCUGAGAGACUGAGCGGGAUCCUCCCAGUGAAUCCAUGAAUGUGAAGCUGUUUUGGUUUCCCUCUAAACUGCAGUCAGUGAACAGACAACAUUUACUUGAAAACAGAGGGUGUGAAGGUUUUUUCUGUUUUGUUAGCAGUUUGCUUGUUUGGGCUACCAGAGCUUUUUCUUUGUGGUUUGGGUUUUUUGGUUGGUUGGUUGGUUGGUGUCACAAAGAGGGACCUGUGCAUUAUUUCAUGUGCUAAGGGAAAACCAUUUUGAUUUUUCCAACCUUAGUAAGUAAUCCUAAAGGAUGCCUUCAGAGGUCACACCAUUAACCUUCAAUGGUGUGAAGUCUGAGACCCAGGCUCUGUGUUCUUCACCAAAGCUUUGUAAGUCUUUAAACUGCUUUGGGAUGAUCUGACUUGGCCCACUUUUAUGUGUAACAUGUUUUAGCUAAUUCAUUGUGGACAGAUCUUUGCAAGCAACCAUGAAUAACUUUUUUUAAAAAAAUCAAACUCAUAUGAAGUAAUUAAAGCCACCGUGAUGGAGGAUGGUAAGUCUGUGAUGCUUCAAGCACUGCCUCUGAAGAUGUUAAACAGAAAAUUCUCAACAAUUAGGCCUAAAUUCAAAUUCUGGAAGUUACACUUUCUUACAGAUUAAUCCCAAUUGUUCUGCUAGUUCUGUGUUCUAGUUUUGAUGAAGCACAUGGUUUUAAUGGGGAAAGAUUCUGAGUCCUAGUUCAUUCAUUGAGGCUUCAUGAAAACUGAGUAAAUUAUUCAGUCAGAUUAUGGGCCAGAUUUUUCUUCUUAGACUUCUUAGACUAUAGAAAUACAAUGAUACCUUCCAUAAGAGUAACCCACUCAGGAGUAUUACUGUUUAAAAGAUGAAUUUUUUUCUCCUGAGCAAAUUGAAAAGGUUCCUAGUCUAAGCAGAAUUGAACAGAGCUGCCUUUUGAUUGAAGAUGUCAUUUUUAGUGGGUGAUAUUUUCUGAACACAAAACUCUGUAGAAGAAUAUCUAUUACUUCCACUGAUUUGUUAUAAUUUUUUUUCUUCUGAUGAGAUGUUUUCUAGUUCCUCAUCCUCAUGUAAAUUCCUAAUAUAUAUAUAUUUUUUUGAGAAGCUUUUGGCAUUUUUAAGAUAAAAAUGUGGUCUUUGAAUACUUAUUUUUGCUUUGCUUUCCUCACCGUAAAAUAGAGAGGGAUAUUCCUAUAGUCUGUAUUUACUGUUUCUCCCAUCAUGCUUGGAAUGUCUGUAACCUCACCAACAGGGAGAAAAUACUGAUACUUUCCACGAGAGACCACAUCACUGGUAGCGCAGGUCUAAUGCUAUUUCACGCCACCCUGAGGACAGUUUUACAAAAUGUGAGGCCAAACCAGAGGUUUUUUGCCCUGUGGAGACACUAAACCCAAUAUAACAACGCUGACAAUGAAAGAACAAAACAGCUGUUUGCACAGGAUGGAAAAGUGGUCUUCAUUUCAUCUCCUCCCCGCUUCAAAGCUGCCCAAGGCCUGAAAAAUCAGGUCUGUGCUCCACCUGGCAGGAAAUUGGGAUUGUUGACAUUUCCUAAGAACUUUUAAAUUUUCUUUACUUCUUGGCCCAAUUUUGUAGAACUGUGACCUCUUUUGAAAACUAAAAAUAAAGAAGAAAAAAGAACAACUCAAGUUCAAAGAGUGAAGCAGACACUUUUAACAUUUUUUACUGUUUGGUGAAGGUGAUGUUUUAAGUUCAUUGUCCCUGAAAUUAUAUGAUUUUUGUUCAACCCUCUAAAUUGUUAUCUCAGAUUUUGAUGCUUCAAAUAAUACCAACAUUACCGGUAAAUCAAUGGCUCUAGCAAGUGGGGGAAUUGGCAGAGGAAACAAAAGGUGAGAGGUGGUAGCUACACCCAUAAUAAAGUUGUCUGAUCAGAUAACAUUUUUUUGUAUCGGGAAAAAUAUCAUAAAUUAAUCCCUAUGCCCAAAGAAAAAGAAAAGCUACAGUUUUGCUAAGAAGUUUUUAUCUUGUUCCGGUGUAGCAGCUUCUUAACAUUUGUCACUUGCACGUUUUAUGGUUCUUUGAAGUAAUAACAUUUUUUAGAAAUAAGGUUGAUCUUUACAUGGUACCAAGGCCUACAUGCUCCAUGCUCCAGAAGAGAUCAUCAGUCAUUAUAUAGAAAUUAUUUGAUCCUGAAACAUCUUGGUACUUUUUGUCUCAUAUAUAGGGUGGAUAAUGUUAACAUUAUUGCUUAGAAACAUAUGAUCAUGGGAGAUAGUUUUUAGACUAUUUACAGGAGCCCAUAUCACUUCACUUCCCCUGUUUUCCACGGCCGUGAUAGGUAUUAGGGAAAGGAAAUUCUCUCUUGAGUUGUAUACCUAAGAGGAAGAAUCAACAUGGGGAAAGUAGCUAGAGAGAGUCACCCAUAUAACAGCAAUGCCAAGUCUUCUACUUGAGAAUGUUAAUUUUUUUUUUUAGUUUGACUUCUGAAACCAUCAUGUAAGUUUAGUCUACAGUUCCAGAAGGUCAUGCAUUUCCUGUUAUUAGAGAGGUAUAUUUUUUUGCAGCUUAAAUAUUUACUGUGACUAUAGUGUGUACAAAAUUAAAAAGCUAUACACUGUCUUUCAAGCUUUU